GAGGGAAAUCGGCUCGCGCGCGCCGACGCUGUUGCAGGACCAGAUCCAAAUUCAGAAAUCUGUGUAUAUGUACGUGUCCAUCUACUUUCCUGCAGUGUAACUGUAAAAGAACAAUAUAUAUAUUAAAAAAAAAACAAAGGACCGAGAAAGAUUUUAACCCAAGUAGGGACCGUUUGUUCUUGCAUGCACGUAGGCGAUUUUCUAUAAAGCGACAAAAUGCGUCAACUUCGGCCCGAUUCCUACCAGCAAGAGCUCCCGGACGACUUUUAUAUCCCCAUCAAGCUCAACACCAACAACAUCACGGCUCUGUCUCCCUUCCUGGUGCCGCAGACGCACCUGGGCAGCACGACCAUGUUCAUGAGCAUGGCCGCCUUCAUGUUAUUCCUCACCAUCGCCGGCGUCCCCAUCAACCUGCUCACCAUCAUCUGCACCUUCAAGUACAAGAAGCUGCGCUCGCACCUCAACUACAUCCUCGUGAACCUGGCCGUGGCGAACCUGCUCGUGUGCUCCCUGGGCUCCUUCACCGCCUUCUUGAGCUUCUACAACAUGUACUUCACAAUGGGCCCCAUCGCCUGCAAGAUCGAGGGCUUCACAUCGGCGCUGGCAGGCAUGGUCAGCCUCUGGUCCCUGGCCGUGGUGGCGUUUGAGCGGUACCUGGUCAUCUGCAAGCCCAUCAGCAACCUCACCUUCAGGAGCUCCCACGCCAUCAUAGGCUGUGUGGUCACAUGGGUCUUUGCUCUGGUGGCCUCCGCCCCGCCACUCUUCGGCUGGAGCCGGUAUAUUCCCGAGGGGCUGCAGUGCUCUUGCGGGCCCGACUGGUACACCACCAACAACAAGUUUAACAACGAGUCCUACGUCAUGUUCCUCUUCGUGUUCUGCUUUGGGGUCCCCUUCAGCACCAUCGUCACCUGCUACAUCCGCCUGCUCAUGACACUGCGAUCGGUGGCCAAGGCUCAGGAGCAGUCUGCCACGACCCAGAAGGCCGAGCGGGAGGUGACCAAGAUGGUGGUGGUGAUGGUGAUGGGCUUCCUGGCGUGCUGGCUGCCCUACACCAGCUUCGCGCUGUGGGUCAUCACGCACCGCGGGGAGAGCUUCGACCUGCGCCUGGCCACCAUCCCCAACGUCUUCUGCAAGGCCUCCACCGUCUACAACCCCAUCAUCUACGUCUACAUGAACAAGCAGUUCCGCUCCUGCAUGUUGAAGAUGGUUUUCUGCGGGAAGAGCCCGUUCGGGGAGGAAGAGGACUCCUCUUCUCAGACCACCCAGGUCUCCUCCGUCUCCAGCAGUCAGGUGGCCCCCGCGUAAGAGGGGGGCCCCCCAAUCUCUUUCUCCUGGGACUGGUGCCACACUACGCAACCCACAGCCCGGCCAGCUCACCGCCCACCGCAUCCCUCUCUCCCCCUCUCCGUCUCGCACCCUGGGCCGCACGCAGAAAGCAUCGUCCUCCGCUCGUGCCUGAAGAAAAUGGGAGAGGCACACGUACUGCGUUUUAUAAAAGGGGGCGAGCGGUGCUACAGUGCCCCUUAACCCUCUGAAUCAAGCCCCCCCCCCCCCGUAUGCGACCCCUGACAGAGGCCGCACCUCUCAGGUCAGCCACAGGGCCGGCGCUGUUGAUCCUUUCACACAUAGAGGAAAAGCCAUCACACAUGGGCCCCUCAUAACUCACAGUGAUGCGGGUCCUUCGAAAUCCUCAUCCAAUAAGUAGUAUUGGAUCCAUAUCCAUCCAAUAAGUAAUCACACACACUUUAUUGAUUUCUUUAUUUUAUCGUUACAUAGGAGUAAAAGACUUAAGGAUUUCUAGAUGGGUGGGGGUCUCUUUGUCGAUAAGCUCAUUUAGGCAGAAGCAUCAGUUACGAUGAUUUGCUGUGGCUGUCAUUUUUCUUGCCUCACAGUAAAGCAGUAAAGGUGAUGAUCAAUUCUAUUUGGAAAAUUGCAUUAAAACAGUUUUCAGGGUUAAGUAAAAUUAGUGAUCACCUGCUUGUCUUCCAUCCUUACAUUUUCUAACCUCUUUAGCCAAUUCAGGCUGGCGGGGGAGCCAGAGACUGUCCCAGCAAGCAACAGGCGCACGGCAGGGCACCCCCUGGAAGGGACGCCAGUCCAUCGCAGGGCACACACAGACACACACACAGACACACUCACGCCAGGGCCAGUUUUCCCAGCAGCCAGUUAAUCCACCAGCAUGUCUUUGGGCUGCAGGAGGAACCCAGGGCACCUGGAGGACACCCACACAAACACAGGGAGAGCAUACAGACUCCACACAGACAGCCCCCUAGGAACUGAAAGCAGGACCCCCGCGCUGCUAGGCAGCAAAGCUAACCACUCCACCUCCAUGCUGCCCACACGUUUAUCUUCCUAAAUGAUCUGGCUAAUCCAGAGGUUGGCCAGCCCUGGUCCCGGAGAGCCACAGUCCAGCCGGCCUUAUGGUUCACCCCUAAAAUCAUCGGUUUGCAACACUUGGAACGUGUGAGUUUUGAUCGAUUUUAAUCAGCUAGUUAGUUCAAUUAAGUCAGUCCGUCAAAGUAAUGUGUGGUGCUUAAUCAACCAUCAUCCAGGUGGGGCUGCACAUUGGUGGUGUUGGAGGGGAGUCCCCAUUACCUGUAAAGUGCUUUGAGUGGAGU